AUGUCCUUAAAGCCUCGGGUGGUGGAUUUUGACGAGACAUGGAACAAGUUACUGACGACAAUCAAGGCUGUUGUGAUGCUCGACUACGUGGAGAGAGCCACGUGGAACGAUCGGUUCUCUGACAUUUACGCCCUAUGUGUGGCAUAUCCAGAGCCUCUGGGGGAAAGACUAUACACAGAGACCAAGAUUUUUCUCGAGAAUCAUGUUCGACAGUUGUAUAAGAAAGUUCUGGAGUCAGAGGAGAAGGUUUUAGUGAUGUACCACAGAUACUGGGAUGAGUACAGCAAAGGAGCUGACUACAUGGAUUGCUUGUACAGGUAUCUCAACACACAGUUCAUCAAGAAGAACAAGCUCACAGAAGCAGACCUGCAGUACGGCUACGGCGGAGUGGACAUGAACGAGCCGCUCAUGGAGAUCGGAGAGUUGGCGCUAGAUAUGUGGAGGAAGCUAAUGAUCGAGCCCCUUCAGGCUGUCCUCAUCCGGAUGUUGCUGAAUGAAAUAAAAAACGAUCGUUGUGGUGAGAACCCCAACCAGAAGGUCAUCCACGGGGUCAUCAACUCCUUUGUUCAUGUUGAACAGUACAAGAAGAAAUUCCCACUCAAGUUUUAUCAGGAAAUCUUCGAAGGGCCGUUCCUGAUAAAAACAGGAGAGUAUUACAAACAGGAAGCCUCCAAUCUACUGCAGGAAUCCAACUGCUCACAGUACAUGGAGAAGGUUUUGGCGCGGUUGAAAGACGAAGAGGUGCGGUGUCGGAAGUACCUGCACCCCAGCUCCUAUGCCAAAGUCAUCCACGAAUGCCAGCAGAGGAUGGUGGCGGACCACCUGCAGUUCCUGCACGGCGAGUGCCAGAGCAUCAUCCGGCAGGAGAAGCGAGAGGAUAUGGCCAACAUGUACACGCUGCUGCGGGCCGUGGCCAACGGGCUGCCGCACAUGAUCCAGGAGCUGCAGGUCCACAUCCACAACGAGGGCAUUCGAGGGACCAGCAACCUCUCUCAGGAAAACAUGCCGACCCUGUUCGUGGAGUCCGUGCUGGAGGUUCACAGUAAAUUUGUCCAGCUCAUUAACACAGUUCUAAACGGAGACCAGCACUUCAUGAGCGCGCUGGAUAAGGCUUUGACGUCUGUGGUGAACUUCAGGGAGCCCAAGUCCAUCUGCAAAGCCCCCGAACUGCUGGCGAAAUACUGUGACAAUCUGCUGAAGAAGUCGGCCAAGGGAAUGACGGAGAACGAGGUGGAGGACAAGCUGACCAGCUUCAUCACGGUCUUCAAGUACAUAGACGACAAGGACAUCUUUCAGAAGUUUUACGCUCGGAUGCUGGCGAAGCGGUUAAUACACGGUUUAUCGUUGUCGAUGGACUCGGAAGAAGCCAUGAUCAACAAAUUAAAGCAAGCGUGUGGCUACGAGUUCACCAGCAAGCUCCACCGAAUGUACACAGACAUGAGCGUCAGCGCCGACCUCAACAACAAGUUCAACAACUUCAUCAAGACGCAGGAGACGGUGGUGGACCUGGGCAUCAGCUUCCAGAUCUACGUAUUACAGGCUGGAGCCUGGCCUCUGUCACACGUCCCCUCCUCCACGUUCGCCAUCCCUCAGGAGCUGGAGAAGAGCGUUCAGAUGUUCGAGAUGUUCUAUAAUCAGCACUUCAGUGGGAGGAAGCUCACCUGGCUGCACUACCUCUGCACAGGUGAGGUGAAGAUGAACUACCUGUCCAAGCCCUACGUUGCCAUGGUGACCACCUAUCAGAUGGCCGUGCUGCUGGCCUUCAACAACAGCCAGACGGUGACGUAUAAGGAGCUGCAGGACGGCACGCAGAUGAACGAGAAGGAGCUCCAGAAGACCAUCAAGUCCCUGCUGGACGUCAAGAUGCUCAACCACGACUCGGAGAAGGAGGACAUCGAGGCCGAGUCCACGUUUUCACUAAAUAUGAGUUUCACCAGUAAAAGGACAAAGUUCAAGAUCACAACGUCAAUGCAGAAAGACACGCCGCAGGAGAUGGAGCAGACGAGGAGCGCCGUAGACGAGGACCGCAAAAUGUAUUUACAAGCUGCUAUCGUGAGAAUCAUGAAGGCCCGGAAGGUCCUGCGACACAACGCCCUCAUCCAGGAGGUCAUCAAUCAGUCCAAAGCCAGGUUCAACCCCAGUAUCAGCAUGAUCAAGAAGUGCAUCGAGGUGCUCAUCGACAAGCAGUACAUCGAGCGGAGCCAGACCUCGGCAGACGAGUACAGCUACGUGGCGUAGGCGGGCCGGAGGGGCGGAGCCAGAGAGCGCCUCUGCGCGCACACACACACACACACACACACACACACACAUACACUCAGCCGUGUGACUGACUGGCAGGUACACGUUGAAAACGUGUAGCAAACCACAAGAACAGACUCAUUCAUCCAUUUAGGGUUUUUUGGACUUUGGCUGCUCGACCAGCUGAAGCAGGACUGGCGCCCCCCCUCCCCCCGUCCCCCCGUCCCCGAAGGCGAGGAGACGGUCACCACAUCACGUCAGAGCGGCCAGCUGACACCACCUCCACCACCCGUAAGGUCCACAUCCCCGCCCCACCCACCUUCUGAUUUAAGCUGUUUACAACAUCACCAGUGCCACGCCCCCGCGCGUCAAAACGACAGAAAAAGAAAAUGCCUAUAGUCGUACGAAAAAGAAAGAGCGGAUCAACAUACUAGCCGACAAAGAAUAAAGGAUGAAAAAAAAAACAAAAAGAAAACGAGGAAAGAUUACGUGGUAACAUCAAUGACACAUUGGUGGCUACACAUUAAAAAACAAAAAAA